UAAAGAGCGAGGGAGAGAGUGACUCUGCAUUUAAGACUUUGACCAGCAUGUGUAAGAAGUGCUCGCAUGGCUGGAAUAAUCUAACACAUUUUUACCUAGGUAGCACUUGGCAAAGCUCCCCUUUUUUUCCUGCACAGUUGAAAGGAAUCCAGUACAACUCCGUGCUUUGAUCAACUUGCCUCCAGUUUCUGCUCAGCCUGCAGGGUUUGCUGGUGCACAGCCGUGCCUGUCUUAUGUGGCCUCUAUGGCCCUUUUCUGCUCAACUGUCAGAAAGAGGGAGGGAGGCUUCCCCCAGCACCAAAAUAUCAUUCUGUGUGCUCUCUGCAGCACAGUAGCAAAGAACAAGUUUCUUGAUUACUCCCUGGUCUUUUUGGAGUUAUUCACUGGAAGAAGUCUUUUUUCCCUCUUUAAAUGGAUGAUUGUGUUACAAUCAAGAAAAAGCAUCUCCAAAGACCAAUCUUUCGAUUAAGAUGCUUGGUGAAGCAACUGGAGAAAGGUGACAUCAAUGUGGUGGAUUUAAAAAAGAACAUUGAAUAUGCAGCAUCUGUGCUGGAGGCAGUUUAUAUUGAUGAAACCAGGAGGCUUCUGGACACUGAGGAUGAACUCUCGGACAUCCAGUCGGAUUCGGUCCCGCUGGAAGUGCGAGACUGGUUAGCUUCUACAUUCACAAGGGAAAUGGGAAUAGUGAAGAGGAGACCUGAAGAAAAGCCCAAAUUUCGAAGCAUUGUGCAUGCUGUACAGGCUGGGAUUUUUGUAGAAAGGAUGUACCGGAGAACUUCUAGCAUGGUUGGUUUGGCUUACCCAGCAGAAGUGAUUGUAACAUUUAAGGAUGUUGAUAAAUGGUCUUUUGACGUAUUUGCCCUAAAUGAAGCAAGUGGAGAACACAGUCUGAAAUUUAUGAUGUACGAGCUGUUCACCCGAUAUGACCUUUUGAACCGUUUCAAGAUCCCUGUUCCCAAUCUUAUUACAUUUGCUGAAACUCUUGAGGUUGGUUACAGCAAAUACAAAAAUCCAUAUCACAACUUGAUCCAUGCAGCUGAUGUUACUCAAACUGUGCAUUACAUAAUGAUUCAUACUGGUAUCAUGCACUGGCUCACAGAACUGGAAAUUUUAGCAAUGAUUUUUGCAGCUGCCAUCCAUGAUUAUGAACAUACGGGGACCACAAACAAUUUUCAUAUUCAGACAAGGUCAGAUGUUGCAAUAUUGUACAAUGAUCGGUCUGUUCUUGAAAACCAUCAUGUAAGUGCUGCUUAUAGACUAAUGCAAGAGGAAGAGAUGAACAUCCUGACAAAUUUAACCAAAGAUGACUGGAGGGAGUUGCGUAGCUUGGUCAUUGAGAUGGUCUUGUCAACAGAUAUGUCGGGUCAUUUCCAACAAAUUAAAACGAUGCGGCAUACUCUACAGCAGGCAGAGGGGGUAGACAAAGCCAAAGCCAUGUCUUUGAUUCUACAUGCAGCAGACAUAAGCCAUCCAGCAAAAUCCUGGGAACUGCACUACCGGUGGACCAUGGCCCUGAUGGAAGAAUUUUUUCGACAGGGAGACAAGGAGGCUGCUUUAGGUCUUCAGUUUUCCCCACUCUGUGACCGCAAGUCUACUUUGGUAGCUCAGUCCCAAAUCGGUUUCAUUGAUUUCAUAGUAGAACCAACAUUUUCUCUUCUUACGGACUCAAUGGAGAAAAUUGUUAUGCCUCUUAUAGAGGAAGCAUCAAAAUCUGAAAGUCCUGCGUUUGGGACACCCGGCCAGAAUAAUCUGGGAGCAGUAAGCAAUGUUGAUGCGCAAAGACGACACAAUUUUAGAAGUACAGCAAGUGAUGGAGCAGCUCACACAGAAAAUUCCCUAGCAACUGUAGACCUAAGAAGCUUUAGGGACAACUUGAUGCAGAUAAUUCAAGCAAACAAAGAAAGAUGGAAGGAAUUAGCAGUAGAAGAAGAACUUGUGAAAAAUGUUGAUGAACAGAAAAAAGACCAGAGCAGAAAUUCCACAGAUGCACAGUUACAGGAAGAGACAAGAAGCAGACAAAAUGAGAGUAGUCAGGGAAGUGAUGGUACAGCCUGUCCUCCCAGACCCAUCGUCCUACAAGUAGUCACUUCCAACACUGCUCUGAGUGAUGCAUCCAACUCAGAAAAAUGCACUAACUCUGAUCCGAACCAGAAAGAUCUCACCGAUGCCCAGCAAGAAACACAGAAUACAGACCCACUGAAUGGUGAGCCUACACACUGUAAGCAAGCAGAAGAUAUAGUAAAAGCCACGGAACAGAAUCAAGCACUGGUACACAACUAGAUUUACUGUUUCUUAAAAGCUUCUGACGUUUCUGGCAGGACAGAAGAAAAGAACACUGUUCCUACCUCCAUGCUCUCAGAGGCUGUUGUCUGUCAACUUACUCUCAGAUCAUCUUGUUUCAGUGGAGACUGGGCAGAAGGAUCAAAAGUGUAAAACAUCAAACCCUGAGCUGGGAACUCAACGCACCGAACAACUCUCAAGACUUUGUCAUAUUUGUUGUUGCUUUUCCCUUUUCUAUUCUGCUUUCUACAACUGGCCAAAAUAAUUUUUCCAGCCAAAGUUGGACCUUGCUUUGUUGCAUCACUGACACCAGCUGUUUCCAAGAGACAUGUGAAAACAUGUUAAAGAUCAUCUGCACUGGAUUGCUGUUCCGUGUCACUGCCACUGGCAUCUAAUGGAAAUGGAAAGCCAAAACAAAAUACUGUUACAGACACUUGUUCAUGCAACCACGCUGCAUGCAACAUGAAAGUUCUACUUGUUAGCUUCCUUAAAAUAUCUGGAAAUGUAAGUAUGUGGACUGGGCAGGAAGUCAUAGAGUUGUACUAUCUAUCCUGCAUGAAUAAUGACUCUUUCCCAUGUCUGCCACAGGGAGGGAGAUGGUGUUUAACAAAUCAGUAUUGGAAAUAUCACCCAGUAUUAUGAUUCAAACAUACUCAGCUCUACAGUGUUUAUCAUAUGUCAGCACUGGUGUCAGCCCUACUACGAAGCUGGUGCUUAUGAUUUCACAGGCGAAUGAGGCUGCUACACAAAUACACAAAAAUUGCUGCCCUCCAGCAACGCAUAGUGUUGCCUCUCAGACACAACUGGAAGGUAAUAUUGAGGCCUUAUAUAAUGAGUUUGCUCAAAUGAAAAGGUGACAGCAUGGAUCCGACAAAGACCUCCCUUUGCUUUGUUCAAACACCAGAGCAUCUUUUUCUGAGAGGCAGCACAAGUGGAGCACACAGGCACUUACCUCUGCCGGAUAUCUUGGAAUGAGCCCUGCAGCCCAGCUGUGCCCAGAAGAGGCUCCACGUUCAUCUCUGCUCCUGCUGAGCCUCAUGGGACCUCGUGCAGCCUGCACCCAACCUCACUUCCCUCUGUUGCAGCCAACAAGGAACAUUCCUCUCUCCCUUCACCUUUUACUCUCCUGGUUAAUUUGGGUCACUGCGUUCCAUUUUUUGGAUCCUGUAUUACCUCAAUAUGACCAAGACUGCAGUCCGCCAUGGGCCACACAGAGGUGGCACGCUUGUGGGGCAGCAUUCCUCCCUGCUUUGCAGAGCCCUGGGUGCUUAUCCACUGCUUCAGGAACCUAAUUAGAGCUCCCAUGUACCACAGGCUCAGCCUCCAGAGAAUGCGCUUUGUCCUGGCUGAAGAAGGAACAGUAAACCAGCCACCCCACACGUAGGGGCACGUGCUUCUCUCUUCCUUUGACUGUCUCCUUUCUGACAGCAGAUCAUUGCAAUUGAGCUGGGAACAAUAUGAGCUCUGAGCCCUGGAAUAAGGGCAUGCCAAAAGGUGGAAUUUCUGUCGUUGAAUAUGUAAGCCAUAUACACACUAUGCACAGUUAGAGUGUGUAGUUUUAACUUAAGAAAUGUUUGUGCAUAUAGGUUGUAAAAAGUGCAUUUAAAUUGUCUUGUGUAUCUGGUCCAGGGCUUGUAUUUGGCAUGGACAAAGUUCUGUACAGUGCAGCUGAAGAAUGAAAUGUUAACAAAUGAAAUUGUAUCAUAUAUGUUAUAAUGCAAUUGAUAUUUUUUGCUAAGAAUUAAGAAUUUAUAUAUUAUGGCAGUGUUCGAGCAAAUCCUUAGUAGCCUGGAUCACUCCGUGCACCUCUGAAUCCAUUAUGGGGAAUGUUGGACACAUUUUUUUCUUUAUAAUGAAAUAUUUCUUAUUGUUGUUGCACCAAAAAAGAGACAUCAUGUAUAUCACUUUUUUUUCAUUGCAAAUUGCCAUAUGCUGUGACAGUAGAAAACUUUCCUGUUUAAGAUCUGAUAUCUUUGGUCUUAUCUCUUUUCUUUCCAAACAAGGGAUCUUAUUUCAGAUAUGUUGAGCAUCUGCAGUUCCGGCCAAAUUUUAAAAGUGCAAAAAUUGAGAAAGAUAUUUAAAAAUUAGGCCAGCUAUGUCUUUGUCUGUAACAGUGCAUUCAUCAGCAUUGUGAUUUAUCAUUCCCUGAGACCAAAACUUUGGAGCCAUCCAAAUUUAAUGUUUGUAUUUACUUUCAAUUUCAGACUUCUACCAUAGCUGAACUUGACUUUUUCUUUAUGUGAUUGAUAUACUACAUGAAAAUCUUCUUCUGGAAAUACAAACAGAAUUUGCAGAACGCUGGGAGCAUCCUGUGGGGCUUUUGGUGUCCUGUUGUCCUUCAGAAGGUAGGAGGAGCUCCUGAGCUCAUAGAAGGCACUCAGUGCCUGCUCAACUCUUCAUUCAUACAGAAAUGUACAAACAAUUCUACUUCUUCAUUUUUACACAGUCUUAAUCACUGUGGUAGGUGUUACUGAAAUAGAAGAGUCCUUAGUUUUCCUUUAAAGCCAGCUAACUCUCUUUCUUUCUUCCUUUAUUCUUAGCAAGGUUUUUUUCCAGACGUGACCCAAAGCUUAGCGUGUUGUUUGGAUGAGGAAAAUUUAGUUUGGCUGAGGAGACCAUAAUCGUUGUGUGUCAGUUAAGGCUUUGAUCUUGUGUGGAAUUCACACUCAGAUGGCAGAGCAGCUUCCUGUGGGGGGCCUCUCCUGGGCAGGACUUUCUCCAAACCCCAGAAGGCUGCACUACCAAAGCAUUGCAUGGGGCCAUAAGAACUGGUGUUUAUAUCUGCAUCUCUCCCACAGCAUUAUGGGCAUGUACCCCUGCAUUGAGCACACUGAGGAGCUGUAGCUUUAGAUUAGCCCUCAAAAUUUUUAUUUUGUACUUUUAUCUUGAGAUAUCUGAUAAAUAUAUUAUGUAAUAUUGUUAUGGUUUAUGAUCUAGCCAGUAUUUUUUUUAUUUAAUUUUCAACAAGCAAUCUACAACUGUGUGUUUUGAUUCUGCUGUAUUUGUCCGUAUUUCCUAUGAUGAUAUUCUUAAAUAAAUUUGAUUUGAGGGCAAAGAUCAUGAAGCUCCUGAGUGUUAGUUACAAAUCUGCUUGACUGAAGCAUUUGCUUAUUUGCAUACAGUUGUCUCUGAAAAGUGGCAGAGCGCAGCUGGCUGUUCCUGUGCCCUUUUCCUGCCUGUCACUCCGUGCUUUGUCCAUGGCUGUGCCACUAUGCUGCACCAACUCACUUGCAUCCUUGUGACUCCCUUGAUGAUACUUUCUCUCAGUGUGCUUUACCUUUUUAACCUUUACUACUCUGUCAGCCAUCAUAUGAAGGAAAUCAUAACCAAUAAAGAGUAUUGUUUCCCAAAUCUUUUUACCAGAGGCUGGCACUGUUAAAAUUGCUGGUACUAUGCAGGCCAGCACUGAUUCUUCAGAAUGGGUUCUGUUUUCAGAGGCACCUCUAUGGCAUGGUCCAGGCUUAAUUAGCAAAGUUCAGUGGAGCAGGGCCUCAACCUACUACAACUGGAAAUCAAUGGAAAGAAUCCUAUUGACUUGAAUUAUGCUCUAACAAGGUGCAUGAUAGCAAUAAAUGAAGAACAACUCUGCCAUAUCUAGUUCUUUGCAGCUCCAUUCAGCUCUCUUCAGCUAUAUGCUUGGGUGACUUUCAUCUGUUGCAUGUAAGCCAGAAGACAAACAAGCUGCUACUAAGACAUCAAAUUAACAAAGUAAUCAAGUUCCCUAGUGGAAAUGUAUGGAAUAGAUGUUUUCAAUUGACUACAUAUGAGAAAGAGUAAAAUAUAAUAUUAACGUUCUUCAAUAGCAGAUUAAAAAGACUUAACAUUAUGAUAGUUUAGACAAGAUUUGUUUUAGAGAGGAGUGUAUCCAAUUGUAGAUUGUUUUUUGAAAAAUCAAAUCCUUCAAAACCUAAAAAAUCCUAAAAAUUGAGUAGAAAUGACAUUUAAUAAUGUAAAGAAAAGAAAGUGUCAUCUCUCAGAAAAGUUUAGGCAGUGUCCCUGGGAUAGUUUUGCUUUCCUGAUCAUUUAAUUAUUUAGUGGGUCUCAAGAGACCUCUUGUCUAUGUAGCAGGACAAAGAUUUAGAAGUUGUACAGAACUCUGAGCUUCUAAACAUUCCCCUGGGAAUGAAGAGGCUACUCACGGAGUAAUAAGUGUAGAGGGGAAAAAAAAAAAAACAACACUGUGCUGCAAAACCCACUUCCCUUCUGCUCAGGCAAGUCCUUUUCCUACAGCCCAUUCUUACAGAGCAGCAAAGGCACUACUCCAACAAGAGUGGAGGGUGUAUAGCUCAGCUCUUCAGUCAGGAGGAAGGGAAGCAAGUUUUGGUGUUUAGUAAACUGUCAGUUAUUUAAGUAAUUAAGUUGUUGAGGCAAAUUAAAGUUUGCAAAAAAACACCAACAACAAACACAAAACAAACAAAAAAGCCUCAAUGAACCAAAGAACAACCAGCCAAUCAAAAAUGCCACACCCCAAAGCCUAACCUCAAAAAGAUAGGGAAGUCUGUCACCAACACUUCUUACAUAAGGAUUGAUUACUAUUGGAGAACUUGUAAUUAGCUAUUGUUAAUUUCUCUGUUUUCAGCUGUUUUACCGAAAUUUUAGUUGUUUUUAAUUCUUCUAUUGAAAUUAUUCUUCCCUUUCUUCAAUUCUUCCCUCUCCUCUGAGAGUUAUGUUAUUCUUUCCAGUCAAAAAUGAAAAUUUACAUCUAUUUCUUGAGGCACUCCAAUUCACUGGAAUGAAUAGCGGUGAAUUUAUGGUGAGCAUUGUGGCUUAAUAGUUGAUGCAUCUUUUUUUUCAGCAUUUCUGUAUGAGGAAGACUCCUAUUCGGCUAGUUGCAAGGUGGUUUGGAGUAGGACAGAGCUGUGACUGCAGCCAUAGGUAGUUCUGAUGGACAUGUGUGUGUUCACAAGCAAAUAAUGGGCGUGAGACCAGGGCUACAGAGUUGAUAUUCCCAGCAAAUUAGAGAAUAAAAAUGUCAUGAGCAAUUUAAAUAUUAUUUAUAAUUGACCUUCAUGUCUGUUUUUAAUAUUCAAUCUGCAGAGUGUUUAAAAAAGCAAUUAAAAGUCCCAUAUAAUGUUAAAGCCCCUGAUAAAUGCAAUAAACAAAUGACAUAUUCAAAAGAGAGAAUCUAUGUCCCAUUAGGAGAGAAAAAGAAAGAUGAGAGCAACAUAUGGCAGUAUAAUUAGCAUGAUUAGGGAAGCACAUCAAUAGAAUUUAUGCUGCAGGGAAAAUGUAAUAAGAAACCAACACACUUUCCUCACUGCCUUGAAAACUGCAAAUAUCGCUCUCUGAAAGGGAGAAGAUGCAGAAAGACUCUCUGGCAUUUAAAGCUCUAACUUGUGUUCUUCUGAUUAUUAAAGAUGCACACAGCCAUCUGCAAACCAUUUAUUUUUUGCAGAGUUCACAUUGUCCCAUUGCUUUGAUUAAUAAGGAGCAAUAUUACACCUCAGCUGCUUUUCAGAAAGAUGCUAUUUUGGAAACCUAAUUAAUACUCACUCCACUGUUAGCUUGAGGUGUUCGUUAGUGCCAGAUACUGAGUUCUUAUUUGUUUCUCAUUAUGUGGAGAGUAUUGCUUCUCAAUGCCAAGGUUUUUGUUUUGCACUUUGGAAUAACCUUUCGACACUGCUGCUCCCCAGCCCUCCCUUCAGAAGAGCGAGUAACACCUGUCGUCAUUAUUUUAGGAUGCCCAUUAUGUCUGUCAAAGACAACGGGGCUAUUUAAAUAGUUAGACAGUCCUGAUGCACAGCAAAUAUCCCUGCCAUUUUCUGAACAGUUGGGCCAAAGAGAAAAGAAAAAUUUAGAAAUGUGGCAACGCAAUUGUAAUUUCAGCUCACCACUAAGGGUCAGUAUAUACCAAGAAAAUGCAUCAUUACAAGACUAAAACAGAGUCAGUUUCUCCUAGCAGGAGCACUGGAUAUAUUUGUAGAAAGCACAGACUACUUUGGAAGCUACCAGAACCAUCCAAGCCUAUAGCAGAAAUGCCCCUGCUGUCGGCAAUGAACACACACAGACUCCAUCAGCCAGCUCUACUAUGUCUGGAGACCAGCAUCGUGUCACCAAGCGGCCUGAGGCCCAGUGAAGGGGCACAGAUGCCUUGCCUGAUAUCUGCCCAAUGUGCUGCUGCUGGGGAUGGCCCUGCUGUCUCACUGGGGAGAGCAAUGAGAACACAGCACAAGAGAUGCUGAACAUCAACUCAAUUGCCAAAUGCCACGCUCGCUGUGGAAAGGUCAAAUGUAAUUGCAUGUGUGAUGAACUUACAGAGCAGCUGAGACUCCUAUUGCAACUCACCAUCGUGCUGAGCAGCUAAAGGAGAGAAAGGAAUAAGGUAACAGCCAUACACACACAAACAGAGAAUGUAAUCCCUAUGAAACCAGCAGUGGAGAAGGUGUCAGCUAUCCAUCCAGUGCAUGGCCAACUUAGUGCUGAGUUUCACAUGCCACCUGCAGCUCUGCCUUCUACAAACCUGCCAGCAGAAAGUACAAUCUCCUCAUGUUCCUCAGCAAUAAGACCUCACAUAGAAAGCCUCUGUCUCACCUGUGUAAGAGAAAGAGAAUGAAAGGGAAAGGGAAAAGGAAAGCUGCGGAGAAGAGAAGAGAGGAGAGGA